GGAGAUUAGUCCGGACGGCAUUCGGAGAGGAGAGCGUACAUGGACCAAUGACAUGGAGUAAAGAGCAGCAUCGUUCGACCGAAUCAUAGAUCUACCUUUCUCCUGUAGCGAUAUCUUCCCGGAUUGUUGCGAUUAUAGAAAGGCAGCCAUGGCUCAUGCAAGGCCCAAUCUUUCCGCCAAGUUCAGUCUGCUCCUCAGCAAGCUUUACCGCCUUCCCUGGUCGCAAAAGCGACGCGUGUUAGCCGCAUUGGCUGUCGCGGGUGUCAUACUUACGACUAUAUUGCUACUUCCGUUAGCGUUCGUCACGGAUUCUGGUGCGCGACGCGACGCUAAUAUUUUCGCAUAUCCGUUACAGGCGCCGAAUCGUCCGCCGCUUCGCACACAGGAAUGCAGCCUCUUAGCGCAGGCAGGCUCCGAGCGAGCCAUCGCCGCGAUAGAGCGAUGGGAACGCUUAGCGAGGACAUCUAUAACGGGGUUUCCCGCGCGCGACGGCUGCUCUGUGGAGUACACGUCAGCAGCUGACCUGUCCUCCGCUACCGGCGCUCAAGACUUCAAGCAUUCCAAGUGUGCGAUCGAGUGGGUGACUGUAUCGAAAGGGCCUGCAUCGGGAGGAGCGGCUCCUGGUAAAUGCACGGAGAAUCUCCAUCGGCUCGUAGACUCGUGCAACAUGAACGACAUCCCCCUCUCCAUCUUCGGCCUCCAUCCAUCCACCUCUCCGGCAUCUUCGCCCCUCCGUCCUCCUCCCGGCGCUCCUGAACCCUCCUGGAUUAAUCUCCUCUUUAAGUACCUCCAGGUCGUGCCGCCGGACCGCAUUGUAGCCGUUUCGGACUCUGACAACGUGGUGAUGCUGCCCAGCAGACACUGCAAGGAGGAGCACCUCCUCUCGUCCUUCCUUUCGUUACAGUCACCUGUGGUCUUCGCAGCCAAUGACCGCUGCUUCUCCUCACCUUCCACCUCCUCCUCCUCCUCCUCCUCCCGCUCUUCCGUUUCCUCGUUCUUCUACACGCCGCAUCUGGCGGAAGGCACGCCAAACCGGUUCCUUAACUCGGGGAUGUUUAUCGGGUAUGCAUGGGCGCUGCUGCGAGUGCUGGAAGUGGUGGUCGGGAGCACCCAGGGCUCUCUUGUCCCCACUGCUGCUGCUGCUGCUGCAGGACUUGCAGGCACUGACGCCGAUGUGCAGCGUCAGCUACUGCUUGCUUACUUGGCCCAAGAAAACAUCUUCUCCUCCCUCCCACGCCUCCCUACGGAUUUUCCUUCUGCUAACGAGGCUGGUAAUAGCGAGGGGGGUGCAGAUCCUGCGAUUGGGUCAGGAGGGGCAGACAGCGCAGGGAGGGAAGGUGGGGGGGCCAUAGCACAGGACUCCACUCCACCCAUCACCUUCGCCUCGACUGUGCUAGACAGCCUCUUCCUUCCCAGUUCCUCCGAUCCGUCCCAGUCGUCUUCCUCGCUCUCCUCCUCCCCAUCCGCAUCAGCAGCAUCAGCUGUGUGUAGCGCCUCUGUUUCUUCUCCCGCACACAAUCCCUCCUCCUCUCGCCCGUUCAUCUCUCUCGACCACCACAACUCGCUCUUCCAAGUGCUGGGAGCACCCAGGGCCGCAGCAGUAGCAGCAGGGGGAGGGGCAGGAGAAGGGGGGGUGACAGCCGGAGGGAAAGAAGUGGAGGUGCAGGUGGAUGGGGAGGACGUGCGAGUGAAAGCCGAGGGCACGGGAGGGGAGGCGUGUGCGUUUCAGCAGGAGGAUUGGGUGGGUGGAGGAGGGGAGGGGGUGGAGCUGGGUGCUGUGAGGUUGAUUAAGGAUGCUGGGAUUGAUCGAAUGAGGAAGGAGAGGGGGUACAUUGCAUAGGCACCCAUGGCCUGGAGGGUUUUUUUUGUGAGGUGAAUUUUUAUCAAGGUUUUAGGUUUGAGGGGAUGGAGUGUAGCUUGAUUAGAGACUAACUGGAUGCGUUCAUGGUGUCUGUUUUGGAACACAUGAUGAGGUUUGCUUGCUACUUUCAUCAACAAACCAACGCAAUGGAC